AUGAGUUUCUUCAAGGUGGAGGAGGUGCAGUGCGGACCUCUGAAGCCGAGAAAGUAUCCGCUAGCUGCGGUUGGCAGUCCGAACGCGUUCUGGGGGUAUAGACUGCGCGAGAGGUCCGGUUGCAAAACAACGAAGAUCCCGAAAUCGUACGAGGAAUAUCAGCAACAGAAGGAGAAGGAGUACGAACACCUGACGAAACUCUUGGAGUUCGAGAACCAAACGAACAGCAGGAUCAAAAGGAAGAGCGUUCAGCAGCGUGUUCAGCAAGGAUUAGCAUCGUUCGAGGAGAGCGUGAACGCGCGGCGCGAGAAACUCCGCGACUUGCUGUUGAAAGAAGAGAUGGGUCUGAUCCACGAGGUGAUACACCAGGCUCAACACGGCGACGACGCGAGGAUGGACGACAUGCGCCAGAGAAUAGAGGAAAUCCAGAGGGAAGAGGAGAAGAAACGUUUAGCACUAGUAGCCGCGAAGCGAGUGCAACAGCGUGUGGCUCAGUCGCCGGAAAUCCGCGAGAGACUUUCGAAGAAGUCGAUGAUCGACGCGAAAUUGGUCAACUUGGUCCAAAUGGCGGACAACGAGGCAAAGAGGCAAACAGACAGAGAACUGGACAAUCUCUGGCAUCAGUUGAUGCUGAAAGAGGUGGAAGCGAAGAAGCAGAGGGACGUGGAAGAGGCGAAAAGGCGUUGUCUCACGGAACAGGCCAACGUGACCAUCCUGACAAACCAAGUGGCAGGGAAACUGGCUCUCGAGGAGCAGAAGAAGCAGAUACACGCGGAAGACAGAGAGCAUAUGCAACGCCUGUUGGAGGAACUUCGUCAGGAAGAUUUGGAGAACGUCGAGAAGGAACGUCGGAAGCGAGAGGAGCUGAAGAAGGAUCUGCAGGAGCAGAUUCUGAUGGCGAAGCGGAAGCUGGCGGAGCAGGCACGCCACGAAGCGGAAAUGGACCGCUUGAGAGGGACCAUCGCCGCGGAGGAAUUGGCGAAGGAACGAUCUACCAUCAAAGAGUCCAGUGCCGCUCUUCGUAAAGAGUUACUCGCUUACAUAGAAUAUUUGGAGGAUCUGCGGAAAGAGGAAGCUAGGAGAAACGCGGAGGUGGACAAGAUAAUAGAGAAAUCGUUGGAGGACGCUGCUAGCAAGCGCAGCCUAGCGGUGCAGAAGUUCAAACAAGCCAGAAGGAAGAUUCUGGACGACGUUCUGCGAGGUCGCGAGGAACAGUUGAGAAUGAAGAACGAAAACGAGAAGAAGGAGAUGGAAGCACGUCGAUUGGAGAAAGAGACGUUGGAGAAGCAGAUAGAAUCGGAAGCGAAGCUGACUGCUUACGCAAAGAAGGAGAAGAAGGAGAAGAUGUUGUGCUAUAGAAAGGAUUUGGAGGAACAGUGGAAACGGGCUGAAGACACGAAGCGUAGAGAAGCUGAAGAAGAGAAGAAGAUCUACUUGGAAGAGCUGAAACGUCAGGAGGAGUACGAGAAAUUGACGGAGGAGUUGUUGGAGGCUUCUGAGAUCGUUGUCCCGCAUCCGUUCAAGAUUUUGCUGAAGGAAUGCGCGGCUCGUUACGCUGCGGAGAAAGAGGGACAGUGUUACUGUCCGCCACCAUUGGAUGAAGAGAAAUAA